GCUGCCUCUCAGAUUUAAACCUCACUGAUACAAGGAAAAAUAUCCAUUUUACAGAUCACAAUAAUAGCAGUAUUUCACUGACAGAGUAUUCUUAAGGUGUCUGGAUGGUCGUACCCCGACGUAAAUAGCAAUAUGCUUUGGUUUCAAGGAUGGAAGAUAUAUCUAUUUCAUAUUUAACCCUUUGCAUUCCAUGAUCCGCGUACAAAUGAGAAAAUGAUGCACCAAGUAAGUUCCAACAACAAUGACUAUGGUCUGGGAGGCCUAGCUGAGGAUGGCCAACACCCAUCCAGUCACUUUGAAUUAUGUAGCUCACAGUCCAACAAAUUUUACCCACCUGCUCCCCCUCCCCCUCUACAGCUCCCCCUUCCUAAUUUGCCCCCCUUGCCACAGAGUAUGCUUAAGCCCAUGUCCUGUCAGAUGCAGGACACCCAAAAUGAGUUUCACCCUCAAACAGUAAGGAUGAGGAGCACUGAGGCUCCAGAGGGUUCGAAAAAAAAGAAAGGCCUUGGAAAAUCAGGGAGGAGAGGAAGGCCUUCAGGUACCACAAAGUCUGCCGGAUAUCGGACAAGCACCGGCCGACCCCCAGGGACCACGAGAGCGGCAGGGUUCAAAACAAGUCCCGGAAGGCCGUUGGGAACCACUAAAGCUGCAGGCUAUAAGGUGAGCCCAGGUCGGCCUCCGGGUAGCAUCAAGACAUUGGCAAGGCUCAAUAAACUAGAAUAUGGAGGAUCCUGCAAUGGUGCACCAUUCCCCUACACCAUGAUGCCGAAGAGAAGUCUGUGCGAAGGCACAGUCAAAGAGAAAGACACUAACGAGUGAUGUCAGGUUUUUCUAUUUAUUAUGAUCUACAAGUGAAGAUGGGAAUGCAUGUCCAAAGUGGUGUUGAUAAGUGUUUGCGCAGCCAAACUUGUGACAGGAGGGAAAAAGAUUUUGAUACUUAGACUUAUACUUGCUAUGUAUGCUACAUUGUAAUAUUGUUAUGAUCCUUUUUUUUUUUUGUGAAUCCUUAUCCAAAGAGCAUAAUCAGUCUCUAUCACUCUAACACGUAUGUUACCUUACUGUACAAAUGUGCAUGAUUGUAGUCUUGUGAAUUAAAUUUACCUUUACUGUGUUUGAACAGAUGUUAUAUUAAUCUGUCAUUAGAUUUCACUUCAGUGAAAAGUAAACCUAGCUGCUCUUGUGUUAUUGACAAUAUCUUUGAUUAUUUAAUCUAUGCUUUAAUUUAACAUGUCUUCUUGGUA